AUGUCCUCCGAUGCGGCGACAUUACCAUCUCCGCCCAGUAUGCCACCGUGGAAGGACACUCAACGUCCUUACUCGGUGGGGAGUACCAUGUAUUCCAGUGAUCUCGGCAGCAGGCCGGAUUCCUAUUCAAAGGGCAAUUCCCCGCCCACCCCGCGACGACCUCGAUUUCCCAACAUCAAAGACCUGCAGGAUCAGGCUGCUGCAUUAAAUGUGAAUGAUACGACACCGCUUGCUAUCCUCCUGACAACCGCCGCCGAGGCAAUUGACAACGCCAGGAACCUUGUGGAUGAAUACCCCGACAAAGCUUACAUUCAGUAUCUCCGAGCCUCUGAGAUUACUAUCAACAUCAUUCCACACCACCCAAACUAUCGAACAACGGCCGUUCAAUGUCCUGACUGGUUUAAGGAGUUUACGGUUCUUAUGAAGGCGGUGCGCGCUAAACAGGGCACCAUGGGUGCUAUAAAGCAAGCAAUUAUCGAGGACAACUUGGCCAGUAAUAUGCAGCCUACGGGUGCAUUUGCAUCCUAUUCACCAGAAUUGCAUUAUGCCGUCCCAAGAGGCCGCGAGAACCGAGAAUCGGGAACGAAUUCGGCCAGAAUGCCAAGUCCGACGCAGUAUCAGGGAAUGCCCGACCCUCAGGUACAUUCACCGCCGUCCUCUAGCACUCCGGAUGACAUGCUUGCGCAACGUUUCGCGAAACUCAAAGCGUCACCGCCUUCGAAUCAAUAUGACAUGGGAUCAAAUACCGAUGGACCGAGGAGCCCGACUCUGGGAUCUGCAGCGCAGACCCCACUCCAUCCGUCAAAUGCGCCCCCGAGUGCGCACGACUCUCCACCGCCAAGACGACCCAUGGGACCUCGUGGAAUGGGGUCCUCGUCCAAUGUACCCACACUACCACCCAAAGUUCCCCUCAACACAACGCUUCCACGAGCACCCGACCCGGCCUACAGCCCUAUCUUUACUGCACCCCCGAAGCCAACAGCGAAUCCUCCUAGGUCCUCGACAGAUAGUACACGGUCAGGACAUCCAAGAUACUCGCAGUUUAGCAGUUCGCCUCGCGUCAGUCCAAAUCGAGGCGGUCCCGAUGAAAACCCGUACAGAUCCAUGACGCCCAAUGGGCUAAAUUCGGCACGAGAGACAAGAAGCAACUCGCCAGAAUUACCGUACAGUCCAACAAUAACUGCCCAAACCCUUCUAGAAAACCUGCGCAAGUGUAACAUAUUGCUCAUCGACAUUCGACCCCGGGACCAAUAUGACAACGGACAUAUAUAUGCGAAAUCCAUUAUUUGCAUAGAGCCUGUGGUGCUGAAAGAGAAUGUGUCUGCGGAGGAACUCGAAGAACGAUUGGUUGUUUCGCCGGAGCACGAGCAGGUCCUGUUUGAGAAACGAAAUGAGUACGAUCUUGUGGUAUACUACGACCAAAGUACAACCUCUGUCAGUUACCUCGCCGGAUCACCUGUUGGGACGUCUGCUCCUCAUCUGAGGGCGAUUUACGACACUCUCUACGAGUUCAAUGCGUACAAACCACUGAAGGCUGGGCGGCCUCCUGCUCUGCUGCGUGGUGGAUUGGACGCUUGGAUCGAUCUUCUCGGGCAACAGUCACUGGCUACUUCUUCCACCGCCGCCGUCAUGAGCUCUCUGCAGGCCAGGAAGCCAGUACCAAAACCUGGUCGACCUCUAGGUCGAGUACCCACCAUGGCCAGUGCGAAUUCAAGCCUCGAAAUUCGAAAGAGACGGCUGCGCGAGUUCACUCCUUUGAACUCGAAGGAGUUAUCGGAGUGGAUGGAAAAAUCGAAGACCGAGGAGAUUGACGCAAGCGGUUAUGCCGAAGACGACUCAUUCACCGAGGAGCCAGAGGUGGCCUCACAAGAGCCAUCAACUCCCUAUGUCCACACAUACGAGGCCUUCUUCCGGCGAUUCCCCGAAGCUCAUGAUGUACAGCAGUCCAUGACCCACCCGGAUUCACGUCCUGUGCAACCCCCUGUCCAUACUCACGCCCACCCCCAUUCUCAAUCUCAAUCCCCUGCCCCAGACUAUGCUGUGCAGAUGCCGAUCGUUCCCUCUCGGCCGCGUCCAGCGGUCCCCCGUCCAAGUUACAGUGGAGUUUCGGAUGGUCGGCAGAUCCAACCACAUCUGGAGCGCCAAAAUUCAGCGAGUAGAACAGCGCUGUACACCCCAGCAUCUCGACUGGAUCGUCUGAAGCUUCCACGGACUGGCUUGACGAAUUUCGGUGUUACAUGCUACAUGAAUUCCACCAUCCAAUGCCUGAGCGCAACCAUCUCGAUGAGCCGAUUUUUCAUCGAUAAUCGGUUCCGUUACUAUGUACAGAAAAACUGGAAGGGUUCUCAGGGUGUUAUGCCGGGACUUUAUGCGAAUCUCACACGGUCGUUGUGGAAAAAUGACGUCGAAGUCAUCAUGCCGACCUCGUUCCGCAAUUUCUGCGGACGCUUGAAUCGAGAAUGGGCGAUUGACCGACAGCAAGACGCAAAGGAGUUUUUCGACUUCUUGGUGGAUUGUCUUCAUGAAGAUCUCAACGUCAACUGGCAACGUACGCCUUUGAGACCGCUGACCUUCUCGGAGGAAAUGCAACGUGAACGGAUGCCGAUGACCCGGGUCUCUCGCAUCGAAUGGGACCGAUACUGCCAUCGGGAAGAGUCUUUUAUCUCGUCACUCUUUGCGGGACAGCAUGCCAGUCGAUUGCGCUGUACCACGUGUCGACAGACAUCGACGACCUACGAAGCUUUCUACAGUAUCAGUGUUGAGAUCCCGCCCACCGGCACGGGUGACAUCUACCAGUGUCUCCGCAGCUACUGCAAGGAGGAGAUGCUAAGCGGCGAUGAGGUCUGGAAGUGCCCGCAUUGCAAGUGCAAACGCAUGGCUACCAAGCAAAUCAUCAUCACACGGGCCCCGCAGAUUUUGGUCGUCCACUUUAAGCGCUUCUCCGCGUCCAAGACCCAAAGUGCGCGGAAGAUCCACACCCCGAUCGAGUUUCCGCUCCACGGCCUCCGGAUGGACGACUUUGUCAUUUCGCACCCGAGCCCGGCACCUCCGGAAUCCGGAAUGGCCCCUAUCACGGGGGCCACGAUUCCCCCGUUCACGUAUGACGCGUUUGCGGUGCUCCGGCAUCUCGGUUCGUCGAUGGGUAGCGGUCACUACAUCUCCUUGGUGCGCGAUGCGGAGCGGCAGUGCUGGCGGAAGUUCGAUGACGAGCGGGCGACGGACUUCAACCCGCGAGAUCUCCGCUCGCGGGAACGGUUGCAGAAUGAACAGGCAUACAUUGUGUUUUACGAGCGAGUCCCAGCGAAAUGA